AGACUACAAAAAAUAGGUUUUAAAAUAAUGCUUAUCUAUUAAAAAAUUAUAUCAGAUUGUUGAAAGUUGACAAUCCUUAAUCCAGCAUUUGAGUUUUCAAUCAUCAAAGCAAAUAAUUUUAUUGAAUCAUCUAAAGAUGAAAAUUUGUACAUAAACGUUUAUAAAUAUAUGAAAUAUUAGCAACAGAAACAGAAGUUUGUAUUUUGAAGACCAACAUAAGAUGUAUAUUUAUGGAAGUAUUAUGAAGUUUAUUAUGAAGUUUUUAAUUGUUGAGUCUUUGUUGUUGUUCAUUUCAGCUGCACAAGGUUUCAACAUGAAAAGUUAUGUUCCAUAUAAAGAGCUCAGUUUUAAGGAAUAUCAACAAUAUAUUAAUGAACAGCAAUGGUACAAUCCUGCUUGUAUAUUUUUUAAUGGAGGCACUUUUCUACAAAACUAUACCAAUGGUCUGGAAAUGUUUAAUGCAAAACUUGAGGAUAAAAACAUGACUCUUUUUAUUGCACCUAAACAGGUUUCAUCUGAUAAAUUAGAAUUUUCUUGUUACGUGAAACAGAAGUCUCCUAUUUAUUUUAAAGGAAAACACAUUUUUAAAAGGAAGCAAAUGGAAAAGUUUAUUACCAGUAAACUGAAUAUUGAUCUACUGCAAAUGGCGGUUGCAAAAGAUAUCCAUUUUGAGAAUAUUGUGCGAAGAGAAUCAAAAACAAUAAUGGUGUUUUUACCUGGAAACAAAUGGUUCCAAAGUGAAUGCAAUCUACUUGAACUGAUACUGGAGUUUGAACAGCCUAAUCUGCAGUUGGUAUUUGUUCCUCCCAACACAAACGUAGAGAGAGAAAUAGUGCCGUAUUUCCAAGUCAGUGAGUUUCCUUGUGUCCUUUUACUGACUAGGCAGUACAGCCAGCAGAAGUUCAAACUAUUUAAAUCAUUUCAUGGACCAUACCAAGCAACUGAUGUGUUUCUUAAACUUCAUUUUUUUUUACAAAGUCUAGCUGCUGUUUCUCCUAAUCAAGAUCAGUUGGAUCAAAUGAUGAAUAGCAGAAUAUCACUAACAACUCUACUUGUUUGCAUCUUUACAUCUUCAAAUUCUUCAUCCUUUAAUUUUUUACAUGCAUAUCAACGCAGUAUGGUUCAUUUCAAGUCAAAGUAUCCUGAGAUACUUUUUGUUGCUGCUGAUAUUGCUGACAGACAGAUUUCAAUUGUGCUUAUGCGAAAUUUAAAAGUUUACAAUGUUGAUAAUCUUCCAUUUAUUGUGGCAUUUUGGAAUGAGGAAAUUUCUGGCAAUCAAGUUACAAAACAGAAGGUUAUAACUUCGCAGAUCGCACCAACACCUCAUAAUCUUGAAGUUUUGUUAAAUGGUCAUGGUUUAUUGAAAAUGGAUAAAAUUACAGCUAGAAAGGUAUGCAGUGUUAAUGAAACAGAAGUUUCUUAUUUUAACGAACAAGUUAUUGAAAUGGUGGCUCCGAUUUUUGAAAGACAAAAAAAUAUAACUAAAGUUAAAAAAAAGCGACAGCCAGAGUUUAUCACUGAGAAAACAUGGUAUCAAGUUUUCAAUCAGCAAAAUAAACAGCUGCCUAUUGAAGAGUUUGUUCGUUCUAGUAGACUUAUUUUUAUCAUUUUUAUACAAAGUGGUUGUUCAUUUUGUAAUUUAUCAAUGCCUGUGUUCAAAAAAGUGUUACGCUCACAAAAAUUUCUCAAUUCAACUUCAGUGUACCUGAUGAACUGUAGUGAAAACAGGCAAAUAUGUUUGAAAUAUAGCAUUACAGGCUAUCCAACAAUGAUAUUAUUUCGGGUAUUAACAUUGAAUUCACAUUCACCUUGCUUUGAAAAUAAUUAUCAAUCAGAAGUCACUAGUGUUGAUUAUCAUGGAGAUGUUGAGUUCAAGCCAAUCAUGUCAUGGUUAUCAAAGAUGAGCCAGGAAAAUCUUAAUUUAGUAGCAGGAAAGCACAACAUACCAGUUGAAUUAGUGAAAGAUGUUCGAUUAAUUGCCCAGUUUUACACAAAAAAAUACAUACUAAAAUAUAUUCCUCGUUCUUUACAUGGUAGGCUUAUGCCUUUUAAGUGUUUUAUGGAUUUAUGUGAACUUCUUUUUAACCAAGUUGAAUGCUUUGGUACACAAGCAAAUGAUGUGGAGUUUAGCAAUAAAAAAAAAGAAUUAUUUUUGGAAUCUCUAUUUUUCACAAGAAAGGAUGGACUCAAUGUUACAAUAUUUCAAACUGGCCUCCCCAUGAAACACUCUUUAGAUGCUGACCAUUUUGGUAAAGGCAUUCCUUUUCAUGUCACACACAAAUACGAUAUUUCAAGACAUUUUAAAUGUGAAGAUAAUACUAUUAAGUGUAAUGAAGUUGCAUUAAAAUUCAUAAGAGAACACUCUCGGCUUCCUGUCACUUAUUUGACAUCUGCAUUGUUUCAUUCACACCAAAAGGGAAUGAGCUACCUUUGGGAGAAACCAGUACUUGUUGCCUUUGCUCAUACUGAUAACAUUACACAAGGAUCAAAAUUUUUGGAGAAAUUAUACGAGCUAUCAUUAGAUAUUUAUACAGAUAUCAAUGUGGCUGUUGUUGACGUAGAUAUCUAUCCACAUUGGUCAUCUUUAUUUGUACCUAAAGAUUUUUAUACUGCUGACCGUGAUCAAGAAGAUUUUGAUGAGUUGUACCAAUACCCAAGGUUUUGUAUGAUUGAAUUAGGUAAGCAUAACCGAGCAGCGUUUUAUCCUCCACUUAAAAUAAACGAACAUGAUCGCAGCACAUUGCACACGUUAAAGCAUGAAGACAUGCAGGUUUCUCUAAAAAAUUUUGUACAACUGUACCUAAAGAAUAAAGAAGCUUUCUUAGUUGAAACACGACUCUUUUAAAAAAGUUUAAAUUUAAAAUAUUAAAUUCUGCACUUCUAACGGGAACAAAAAGCCACAACUAAGAACUGGCAAUGAACCGUUUCAAAUCAUAGUUUAAAUUUCGGUUUUAAAAAAAGAUGAUUUAAAUAAGCUAAAUUUGGUAUCCUAGCUGCAUCUCUUCUGCAUUUUAGAUAAAUAAUGUCGGCCAUUCAUACGAGUUGAACGUUCUCUCGCUUUUUAUAUUUAGUUCAUAAUUGUAAAUAAAUUAUGUGUCUAUUUAUUCUAUUUCUUAAUGUUAAUAAUUGUAAGCAUGAUAUAUGAUAAUAAUUUAUAUAAAAUUUUAUAUUACAAAUACAAAAUACUAUACAAUACUUUUACAUAUGCAUAUAAAACAGAUAUACUGAUUAAAU